GAAUAAGGGUCACGAACAGUCUUUUCAGACGCUAUUCAAGAUGAGCAUUUAAACGCUACUCUUAUGAUGCGUUAUAGUAUUCGAAGGAAGCCAUUUGUGUGCGGUACUUCUUGUUCACAUUCCACUCAUUAUGGUCUGUAUAAAAAGCCCUGUUCCUCAGAAGUUUCAAUAUGUAGCAAGAAACGUGUUGCUAUGAAUAAUAAAAUGUCAGUGAAUACGUCUCUGAUAGACAACAAUACAAAAUGUGAAGUACCCGAACAAUGUAACCCAUAUGUUUGUAAACUCAAUAAUGUUAUUAAUGGUAGCAGUGAUAGUGGUUCUGUUAAUUCCGAUCCAACUCAAGCAAUAAAGCCUAUGCCAUUGAAUUCUGUAAAUACGAGAAUUCGUAGUACUCUUGAAAGCGAACAUUUUCAUGACUCAUCUGAUCGGAGUUUAUUUUUUGAUCUACUGAAUCGACUCGAGGAACACUUAGAUCAAGAAAGAAAAACUAAUGCAAAGCUACGCGCUGAACUAAUGGAUAAAAGUGAGUAUGAAAGACAAAUAUCUGAUAUACGAGCCAGUUAUGAGGGUGAAGUGUUUCGCUUGCAGAAUGUUAUAACACGUUUACAGGAGAAUUCGGAAUGUCCACAAAAGAAGGAUCACGAUGGUGAAAAGCCAACCGAAUCAGCAGAGAUAAACCAAUUAAUUACUGUACAUAAUAAUGUAAAUGAUGAUACACGUAAAACUAAUAGAAAUAAAUGUGUGAAUGAUUUCACUGAUUUAGAAGAAUUGAAAAAGGAAUAUACGAAUCAAGAAUUAUUAAUCUCUGGUUAUCAGCGUGAAAAUGAGAAGUUGUAUGCAUAUAUCAAAAAUUCACGUAAGGAUAGCGUGACAGAAACACAAGACUCGAAAACAGCAAAACGUCUUACAAAUGAAAAUCUUUCAUUGAGAGUUGAAGUUGAACAACUGAAUAAAGAACUAAGACUUCGUAGUCAACAAAUAUGCAACAUGUUAUCUGGAAGUACAAGAUUAAAUCAAGAAAAUCGGAUCAAUCAACUGGAAGAUUUAAUCAAACAGUUACAAUCUGAGAAGGACAAAAUCGGUAAAGAUUUAGAUGCCACACGUUCUGAGCUGAUAAACACUAACUCAAAGCUGAAUAACCUUGAACGUGAAAAGAAUGAUUUGUUAACAAAAUAUGAAUCCUUCAAACAAAAAUCACAGGCGGAUUAUGAAAGUAUGAAACAGCACUAUGAAAGUCGAGUCGAAGAGCUUGAAAAGAAACUACGCUGGUACGUUGAAAAUCAAGCAAUGAUUAACAGAGAUACAAAGAAGCUACAAAUUCAGGCCAGGGAGUUGGAAAAAUUACAAUCAGAAUUAUCGCAUUUGAAAACUAAACAUGCUUCUUAUUUUGUGUUAAGUGAAUCAAAACAGUCUGGCGAUCAGAAACUUUCAAAUGAAACUGAAGAAUCAUUUCUUUUGGAACGCAUUAAAUUUCUUGAAAAUGAAUUAGAAAGAGCUCAUGAAAAUGAAAAGCGUGCUAUACGUUCACUUCAACAACAAUAUGAGCGUGUUAAGCUACAGUAUGAAGACCGUAUAAAAUCUUUGGAAACGUACGCUAACCUGACAAAUGCACAUAAUUCAACCUGUUCUUCAACGUCUAACUCAAAGAAUUGUCAGCCUUCAUUAAACACUCAAGCGUUAACCAACAAUAAAUCAACACAAAUUAUCAAUGAAGACUUAGUAGAAACAAGGAAGAGUCAAUCAAUUAUGAUUUCAAGUUUACUUGAUAGUCUACGAAAUCAAAUAACUCAUUUAAAAGUACAAUUAAAUGAACGACAGAAAACAAUUGAGGAAAUGAAACAUUUUGCUGAAAUCAAUAGUAAUAAUAAUAUGAAUAAUGAUAAAUUAAAUAGGAAUACAAAACAAAGAUCAAAAUUUCCAAUCAUAAAUAAACGAUUUCAUCAUCCACAUGUUCAUGAAAUUAAAUCAAGACAAAUAAAUUUUAUCAAUGACCAAACAAGACCAAAAAAUGCAUGUAAACUACAGAUUACAACAGAAUUGAAAAAUGAAGAUGAAUGUAACACCAAAGAAACUAUCAGCUUAAAAGAACAUCAUGCAGUUAAAUCUUCGUUCCAAACACGAAUAAAUGAACUUGAAAAAGAACUAAGAGCGUAUGAACCCAUCAAACGCCGCAUGACUUGCGAAGCAUCGACAAUCACUGACCUCAUAACAUGUAGUCCUAAAAAGGAAGAUGAUUCAUAUAUCAAGACUCUUGAGAUGCAGAUUCAAAAUCAAAUUGAAACUAUCGUAGCUAAAGAAGAAGAGUUGAACAGAUUGAAGAGGCAACUAAUGAACCGAAAAAAAUAUGGAGAUUUUGGUGUUCCAUCUUUGUCAAAAUCAGCUGAAAAAGAUUAUGAGAUACAAGAGUUAUUCGACACGGUGUGUGCUGCUGAAAAUGUUUGUAAAGACCAUGAAGCUAAGUACUGGCGUAAUAUCGCCUUCAGAUUGAAUUGUGAAUUGAAAAAUCUUCAAAGUGAUGCCAACACGCUUGUAAAUAUUCUAACACAACUACAGUAUCAACAUCAGAAAUGAUUACAAUUUUCCCGAAAUAUGAAUAUUAUUUGAU